UCUGUGGGUAUAAUCCUCGCACCAUAAAUGGCCUGACCAAGGAAGAGUGAGCCAUUUGCAGACAAUUACUCGACAUGAACAAAAGAAAAUGAAUACCAAAGAAUAGCAGUGGAUUCAAAAACAAUCGGAAAAGCAUUUUGCUUGGCCAUUGUCUCCUAUCCCACCAUUGGAUUCUUACAACAUGCUUCAGUGGAGAAGACGACACUGCUGCUUUGCAAAGAUGACCUGGAAUACCAAAAGGUCUCUGUUUCGCACCCAUCUUAUUGGCCUGAUGUCUCUCGUAUUUCUUUUUGCUAUGUUUCUGUUCUUCAAUCAUCACGACUGGCUGCCAGGCAGGGCUGGAUUCAAAGAAAAUCCCAUGGCUUACGCUAUACGAGGAUUUAGAUCUACAAAAAGCGAGACAAACCACAGCUCUCUAAGGAACGUGUGGAAAGAUGCCGUACCUCAGACGCUCAGGCCUCAAACAGUCACCAACUCCAACAACACGGAUCUGUCACUGCAAGGAGUAACUGGUUUGGAGAAUACGCUCAGUGCCAAUGGAAGUAUUUACAACGAAAAAGGUACUCGGCAUCCAACUUCGUAUCAUUUCAAAUACAUCAUCAACGAGCCUGAGAAAUGCCAAGAGAAGACGCCUUUUCUAAUAUUGCUCAUCGCUGCAGAGCCAGGCCAGGUGGAAGCUAGACAAGCUAUUCGACAAACUUGGGGUAACGAAAGCCUGACACCUGGCAUCCAAAUUGUUCGUAUUUUUUUGCUGGGGUUAAGCAUCAAGAUAAAUGGAUACCUCCAGCGUACCAUACUAGAGGAAAGCAGACAGUACCACGACAUCAUUCAACAAGAAUACUUAGACACCUACUAUAAUUUAACCAUUAAAACUCUGAUGGGAAUGAACUGGGUUGCAUCUUAUUGUCCACAUGUUCCAUACGUUAUGAAAACUGACAGUGAUAUGUUUGUCAAUACUGAAUAUUUAAUACACAAGCUUCUGAAGCCAGAACUUCCUCCAAGGCACAAGUAUUUCACAGGUUAUUUAAUGAGAGGUUAUGCACCUAAUAGGAACAAGGAUAGUAAGUGGUAUAUGCCACCUGAUUUGUAUCCAAGUGAACGUUAUCCUGUAUUCUGCUCUGGAACUGGUUAUGUUUUUUCUGGAGAUUUAGCAGAAAAAAUCUUUAAAGUCUCCUUAAGCAUCAGACGUUUACAUUUAGAGGAUGUGUACGUGGGGAUCUGUCUUGCCAAGCUGCGAAUUGACCCUAUGCCUCCACCCAAUGAGUUUGUCUUCAAUCACUGGCGAGUUUCUUACUCCAGCUGUAAAUAUAGCCACCUAAUUACCUCCCAUCAGUUCCAACCUAGUGAACUGAUCAAAUACUGGAACCACUUACAACAAAAUAAGCACAAUGCCUGCACCAAUGCAGCAAAAGAAAAAGCAGGCAGGUAUCGCCAUCGUAAACUGCACUAGAAGGACAACGCUCCCUCUGUCAAAUGUACUCCAUGUGCAAUUUGUAAAUACCGCUGAACGCAUGUACAGUGAAAAUGGAUGAGCUUAAUGGGACAGCCUUUAGUUGAUCCCCAUCACAUAGUGGAGUCUGAAAAUUAUUUUUUUAAGUUUAAAAAAGUCUAGUUCUUGAUAACACUAAUAUUAUGAAACUAUAACCAAAAGGUUUUCCCAGCAAAUUUGAGGAAAAAAGAAGACAGUAUGUAAGGAUUUUUGUGUUAAUGUGCAAUAAUAAGCAUGCACACUUUGGUGGUACAAUUGCUGAUUUAUGUGCCAAUAAAAUAUAAAUGAGCAUAUUUUCCACACUAAGAUUUUAUUUUAAAAAAUGCGUUCAUAGCUCUAGUUCUCGUCAAUGUAAUGAUUUGUUAUCUAGAAUAUCUAUAAAAUGAAAAAAGAAAAACUAAGGAAAUGCACAACAGGCAGAUCAGUUUUACCUUCAAAUACCACAUUAAAAUUAUUAUACGCUUCUUUAAUGUACAAUACAUUUAGCAACAUCACAUUUACAAUUUAGUAAGACGCUACCAAUGAACUCUAACACACUAAGAAAGUACUCCCUUAAAGUAGGUCCAGUUUUGGGAAAGUUGAUUAUUUUGGUUAGGAAGGAGGGAUAAAUGAAAUCAAAGCUCAGAAAACUGCCGCUUUGUACAUCACCUUCGGAAAUGCAAGCGGUGUUCUAGAUUCAAUUGUAGAUUCAACUAGAUUCUCCUCAAAGACUUGACUAAAAGUUACUUAAUUCUCUAGAAGUCAUAGGGUGAGCUCCUAAAAUCUGGUGCCAAGUAACAUUCAUCUUGGCAUCUUCAUGCAAAUUCAUUGAAUCUG